GCGGCCACAGGCUUCCCUCCUCCGGGCCCGGCCCCGCGCCUGACCGGGGUUCAUGGAGCUGGGGCUGUGGCUCCUGCUGGGACUCACCGUGGCCUCCGCCGCAGGACUGGAGCCUCACCCCCAACCUGGGGACGCGGGCAGAAGCGGCGCAGCCGGCGUCCCCCAUGCGGCCGCAUCCAAGGGGGACGCCAAGGACACCGUGACUGCGAGUCCCAGGAGCUCUGGCCGGGAGCAGGGACCCGGCCGGUCUGGGGAGCAGGCGGCCGGGGGGGACCCUGGGCACCACCGGGCCAGGCGCUGCACGUGUUUCACCUACAAGGACAAGGAGUGCGUCUACUACUGCCACCUGGACAUCAUCUGGAUCAACACGCCUGAACGGACCGUCCCGUAUGGACUGUCGAACUACAGGGGAAGCUUCCGGGGCCGGAGGUCUGUGGGGCGGCCUCCCCAGAGCUCUCAGCCCUCCAAGUGGGCCCGGCGCUGCACCUGUGUGGACGGCGGGGACAGGGCCUGUGGUCACUUCUGCGCCCGAGCCCUGGCCAUCGGCAGGAACGCAGAGAUGGCAGAACAGCCCCACGAGGAAGAGGCGGAGCCGGCUGCCCGCGUCUGCGGAGACCUGUGUCCAAGGGGUUGAAGUCAAAGACAGACACAGCAAGUAGGCGUCAGCCCUCCACCAUCACACGCCUGCCGGCCACGACCCCUCCCCCCGCCUCUCUGAUCCCUCCUUCUGGACCCCCCCCCCACCCCCGAGAACAGCCUGCAGUGUCCUGCUAGGGAGGUCUCAGCUCCAUGCACAGUCACCUCCUUGAGGACAAGGAAUGAGUUUUGCCUGGGGGAGAAAACCCGCCCAAAGGGUCUUCACUGAACAAGACACCUCUCCCCUGAAAAUGCCCCAAUCCCAAUGCCCCCAGUGUCCCUACUGGUCAAGAACCUCCCAGGGCUGCCCUGGGGCUGUCACCCUCAGAAACGCCAGCAGGUAGGCGGGUGGGGAAGUCCUGGCCAGCUGCAGCUCGCCUCCUCCUGCCCCCUCUUUGCAGACGUGAGCUCCGUGCACUGGCAGCAGGUGCGGCAUGCGCACAGUGUGCCCACACGCAGGCCCUAGCAGAGUAGGCCGCAGUGAGCCGGCAGGCCCGGACCGUAGCUGGACGGGAGUUGAGUUUGAAGUCUCUAGGGUCUCGAAUGUUCAGCUGGGCUCGGUCCCCACCAAAAGAAUGUAUGUCAAAAAAGAGAAGCAAGAAAACAGACCCCGUGCUGCCCGCGGCCGGGAGAGGAGCGCAUGCGCUGGCGCCUGGCCCUCCGGGGCCGCCUCCCGAGUCCUGUGGGCAGGCAGGCCCGCGUGGCCCGUUCCCAGGAAGCUCACGGCCGUUAGGGCGGAUAUUUGCUUUCAUAAAUAAAUGCGGAUCUUUGGGGAGCGGCUUCAACACAAGCCACAAACACAAACGCUUUGUAAAUUAUGUAAAUUCCUAUUUAUCUAUAUAAUUGACAACAACUGGGAAUCGUAAGGCCCAACAGUUCUCAGCGUCCCAGCUGCGCCCUCGCGCCCUGCUGAGAUGACGGUGAGUGUCAGGAAAGGGGGUGCAGCGUGCAAGGGUGGGGGACACAGCCGCCUCUUCUUACUGCAGAACCGAGAGGUGGCCCCGGCGGGUGCCGGGCCGCAGUGAGGAGACAUGUGAGGCGCUGCGGCAAGUGGCGGUGGCGGCGCCGGGCAGGUGCCACCUU